AUGGUGGAUGGAGGCGGCGGAACGGCGUUUCCUGUGGUGUUUUUUGAUGGGGAGAGGGAGAUGAAUAUAGGGAGCGUGAAUAUCGACGCGGCGAUGCAGUACAAGCCGUUCCAGUUGAUGUUGAGUCACAAGAUCGGUAUCUCUCCGAAUCAAAUCUCCAUUUAUCUCGUUGCCCAGCAAAGGAAUUCCAAGUUUGAGGAUCGCCGGAGAAUUCCGAUUACUGGUAAGGUUAAUUUUGCGUUGAUUUCUCGCGAAAAGGAUUGCUGCUUUCUCGUGGUGUUGAAAAGAUCGCGAAAAUCAAGAAACCGAAGGGUCAGAAUGAAUGGACUGGAGUUUGCCGAUUUUUUGCCGGAAUACGACUACUCACCAGAACCGGAGCCGGAGCGAGAGAAUUUAAUUCUGCUCCGACGUAAUCAAACGUCGCCGUUUCUCAAUCAUGUUACGCAGACGGAGCUGGAGAAUUUAAACAAUCGGCUACAUAAUCUGAGGGGGCAGAGGGAGAACUAUCAGAUGCCAAUUGCGAGACCGAACUUCAUUCCUGCUUUGGACCCGGGCCCGAUAUUGGAUUUGAAUUCGUACCCGACGUUGUCGAAAAAUUUGAAUAAGAAGGCUUUCUGCAAAGAAUGUGUGAAUAGGAAGAAUAACGGAGGAGCGGUGUCGUUUCAUCCAUGUGUAAAUGACCCGGUAAUUACUCAUUUUCGAACCCGGUUCGGGCCUAUCUCUCGGCCCACUAAAUGA